GAUUUGUAGUCAUUUUCUCCAAAAAAAAAAAAAAAAAUCUGCAUAUUCAUAAAUCCCAUCUUUGAUUGACUUUAAAGAAAAGAAAUCGAAAUCCAAUCAAUUAUCUUCUUCUUCUUCUUCUUUUUUAUUCCAUUAUCAAUACAAGAAACACUCCUUCGUUUAUCGUCUCGUUUCUUCAUUUUCAAUUACACAAGGGACAUUAAGUGACUCUCGAGACCAUUACUGCAGGCAGCUGAGACGGGGUUGAAUUCUUUGAACAGCUGCCCGAAACAAAGAUAUGGAAGUAUGCAGACCUUUGAAAACAGAUGAUAAAUUAAAGCACCGCCCUUUGAAUCCAUAUCGGUUUUUUAGGGGUAUGAUAUGUUUAGUGGUGUUCCUCUCUACCGCCUUUAUGUUGUUAGCGUAUUUAGGACCCGGGGCUGUCCUAUUGCGAUAUCUCAGCAUACACUACUCUAGAAAAGCAACAUCCUUCUUCUUUGGCCUAUGGCUAUCCAUGUGGCCUUUUCUUUUCGAAAAAGUAAAUGGCACCAAAGUGGUUUUCUCUGGGGACGAUGUUCCUCGUAAGGAACGUAUUCUAAUCAUCGUUAAUCACAGAACCGAAGUUGAUUGGAUGUAUCUAUGGGAUCUCGCGAUGCGAAAAGGCUGCUUGGGCUACAUCAAGUAUAUCCUUAAAAGCAGCUUGAUGAAACUACCUGUUCUUGGUUGGGGAUUUCAUGUCUUGGAGUUCAUUUCGGUAGAUAGGAAGUGGGAAACGGAUGAAACUAUCCUCCAUCAAAUGCUUUCGACUUUUAAGAAUCCUCGAGAUCCUUUAUGGCUUGCUCUUUUCCCCGAAGGAACCGAUUUUACUGAAGAAAAAUGCGAGAAGAGUAAAAAAUUUGCAGCUGAAGUCGGAUUGCCGGUGUUGACAAAUGUGCUGCUACCGAAAACAAGGGGUUUCUGCCUUUGCUUAGAAACACUUAGGGGCUCUUUUGAUGCAGUUUACGAUUUGACUAUCGCAUACAAGCGCCAAUGCCCCUUCUUCCUCGACAAUGUAUUUGGCGUCGAUCCAUCGGAGGUUCACAUCCACAUACAACGUAUCCCCAUCAACAACAUCCCAACCUCCAAUGCCGAGGCUUCUGCGUGGUUAACCAAUAGGUUCAAAGUGAAAGACGAAUUGCUCUCGGAUUUCAAAUCUCAAGGCCAAUUCCCGGAUCAAAAAUCCGAAGAACAACUCUCUACAUUGCAAUCCUUGCUAAAUUUUACAGUGAUCAUUGCCUUAACAACCAUAUUCACUUACCUAACAUUUUCUUACAAGCUGUGUAUGGCAUAUGUAAGCUUAGCUUGUCUAUAUCUUGCUUACAUUACUCAUUGUAAAAUUUUCCCUAUGCCUCUUGAAAUUUUGCCUUUUGUUAAGGGAAAAAAAGAUGAUUAAUUUUUUGGGGGGAUUAUUACUAGACAUUUUUAAUUGCAAGUUACAAUAAAAAAGAAAAAAAAAUUGCCUUCGAAGUUUGAAUAUAAAUUCAUUGCCUUGAA